CCGCCAAACACGGAACGCGUGUCUCUGUCACUACACACGAAACACGUGUCCCCCUCUCUCCCUGUCUCUCUCUCUCUCCCUGUCUCUCAUCAUCGCCGCUCUCUCACUCGCCGCGUGUCAACGGCGCCGCGUGGAUCAGGCGGUGGGGAGUGGAGGCGAGGAAGGGUUUGGCGUGGACGAAGAUGGCCAUGGAGGAGGAGGUGGAGGGGGUGGAGGGGGUGGAUGAGGUGGAUGAGGUGGAGGGUGAGGAGGGGGAGAUCGUGGCGAGCGAGCGCUACGGGAGCCGUCGCCCCGAGCGCCACUACCGGCGCGCGGCCCGCGGAGCCGCCGCCGCCUGGCGCAGCCACGGGCUCAGUGGCGGCAGCCUCCUCUACACUCUCACGUCGGUCUUCCUGCCCCAAGGCUACCCGGAGAGCGUGAGCGAGGACUACCGGACUUACCAGACGUGGGACACGCUGCAGGCGUUCUGCAGCAGCGUGACGGGCGCGCUGGCCACGCAGGCCAUGCUCAAGGGAGUGGGCGUGGGCGACGGGGCCGCCUCGCUGGCCGGGGCCACCGUCACCUGGCUGCUGCGGAGUGGAACGGGAAUGCUGGGCAGCAUCGUGUUCGCCUGGAAGAAGGGGUCCAAUCUGGAUUGCGAUGCGAAGAAAUGGAGGUUGUUUGCCGACGUGCUGAAUGACGUCGCGAUAUUCCUGGAGAUCCUGGCUCCCGGCUUCCCGCCUCUCUUCACGUUCGUCGUGUGCGUCUCCGGCGUGCUCAAGUCCGUGGUGGGCGUCGCGGGAGGAGCGACCAGGGCGGCUCUCACCGUGCACCAAGCUCGGCGCGACAACAUGGCCGACGUGUCGGCGAAGGACGGCAGUCAGGAGACGCUCGUGAACCUCGCGGCGCUGGUUUUCAGUCUGAUGCUCACGCCGCUGGUGACCAACAACCCCACGCUGACGUGGACCCUCUUCCUGCUGUUCACCGCGCUGCACCUCUUUGCGAACUACCGCGCCGUGAGCUGCGUCGUCAUGGAGACGCUGAACCACGCGCGGCUCGCCAUCGUGGCGCGCCACUUCCUCGCCCACGGCUCCGUCCCGAGCCCCGCCGCCGCCAACGCCCGCGAGUCCGUCAUGCCAGGCACGCCUUCGGCAAGUUCCCUCGCGGUCAACGUCGGCGUUCCCUUCGCCGACGUCGUCACCACGGCAAGUGAACUACCGAAGGAUGCAAGCGACAGGAAGUACCUCCUCCGACUAAACAAAGCGCGCGGAGCCGUCUCGAUCGUCCUGCACUACUCGGCCGGCGCGAGCGACAUCAUCGCGGCCUGCUUCCACGCACAGCUGCUGAGCCUCGCUCUGCUGCGCGGGGCCUCCGUGGAGGUGGCCGCGGCGCACCGGGACGGCUUCCUGCAGCUGCAGAGAGAAGUAACCGACGGCGACCACCGCUCGUCGGCGUCUCAAGAUUUCGCGACGCGCCUCUUCCCGGAGGUGCUCGCCGGGCUGCAGAGCGCCGGCUGGGCCAUCUCCGCAAGCCUCCUGCAGGCCGACGAGUGGCGCGCACAGUGGCACGAGGGCCGCAAGAAGGCGCAGUGACGUCGUACGUCAAGAAGGGGGUUUUGAUAACGACACGAGAAAAAACGAUUGAAUUUGGGGCAUCUGUUCCGUUGGGGAGAAAUG